AUGGAGAAUGAUAAAUAAUCUCAAUUCGAAGAUCAUAUAUUAUAGAGAUUCACACUUCUGGAAUUUAAGGGCAAAGGUGCAUAUGGAGUAGUAUGGAAAGCACAUGAUAAAUAAACUAAAUCAAUUGUUGCUUUAAAAAAAGUGUUUAAAUAAUGUAAUCGCUUAGGUGUUUGAUGCAUUUCACAAUAAAACUGACUCUUAAAGAACAUUCAGAGAAGUAAUCUUUUUGGAACAAGUAUCAAAACAUGCGAAUAUCAUUAAAUUGCUUCAAGUGAUAAAAGCAUAAAAUAAUAAGGACCUGUACAUGGUCUUUGAAUACAUGGAAACAGACUUGCAUAAAGUAAAUGGAUUCAAUAUAGCUAGGCUAUCAGGGCAAAUAUCUUAGAACCAAUCCAUAAAAAAUAUGUCGUCUACUAAUUAUUAAAGGCAAUUAAAUUCUUGCAUUCUGGAGACAUUAUCCACAGAGAUCUAAAACCUGCAAAUCUAUUGAUCAACGCUGAUUGCGAAAUAAAACUAGCAGACUUUGGAUUGGCCAGAACAGUAAAUACUUAAAGCGAAGAUGAUGGUAAAUAUAAAAUUAGAAUUUUUCCUAGUUCCCAUCCUAACCGAAUAUGUGGCUACUAGAUGGUAUAGAGCACCAGAAAUACUUUUAGGUUCAUAAAAAUACUCAAAAGCUGUGGACAUGUGGAGUAUAGGUUGUAUAUUGGGAGAAAUGAUUAUGGGUAAGGCAAUAUUUCCAGGAACUUCAACCAUGAAUCAAGUUGAAAUGAUACUAGAAAUUUUGGGUACUCCAACAGAAGAUGACAUCAAAUCGAUAGCAGCACCUUUGGCAAGGCAUGUUUUAGACGACUUUUAAUAUGUGAAACCUAAAAAUUUCAAGACUGUUUUUAGUUAAGAAAGCGAUGACACUUUAAGUUUCCUUAAACAUUUGCUAGUCUUUAAUCCUUAAAAAAGAUUGACUGUAGAAUAAGCUUUAACUCAUCCAUACAUGGCAGAAUUUCUUGGUUCAGAGGAUGAAACAGUGAUAGGUAAAUUACUUAAGCAAUAUUAAUCUAGAUUUCCCUGUUCAAACAUUUAUGGAUGACAAUGUAUAAUAUAGUAUAGAAGAAUAUAUGACAGCACUCUAUUAGCAUAUCAAUCAAAAGUAGCAAUAAAUCCAACAUUAAAAUUGGUUUAGUUCUCAUCAAUCUCCAACAAAUGUCAGCAAACCUUCAAGUUCCAUAUAAUAAUCAACUACUCCUACAAGUGUUUAAGAUAAAAGGAAGAAGAAGGGGGAUUCCAUAGAAGGCUCAAAUAACAACUCAGAAAACAAAUAGAUCAUAAAGUAGGAAGUCAAGAAAAGGUUAAGUGAGGACAAUCAAAAUUAGAAGAUGAGUGCUCUCGAAAAGUUUAAAUCAAUUGAGAAUAUGAUUAAAAUGUAGAAGGCCAAAUUGGGAACAAGUAAUGGCUAAAUAACGGUUUAAAAUAGUUCUAAAUUGUAAUAUGGCAAUAAAUCAGUCAAUAUUACAAGGGCUGAUAGUUAAAAAAAGAAGGAAGCCUCUUGUGUAUGUAUUUUGAUAGAUUUUAUAGGAAAUCUUGAUUCCCAGUCCAGCUGCGAAGUCUAAGAUUUAAAAAAUUGUUAGUUAAAAUACGUUCAAGGAUCCACAAAAAGUAUCAACUAUUAAGUCUCAAUCAAAAUUACCGAAACAUGAAAGUCAACAUGAUAAAUUCUUGAACAAGAAAACUUAUUUAUAAUAUAUUCUGAGUGGGAAAGCUAAACUGUAAAAAUGA